GUAAAGAAAAAACAGAGACAAAGAUUGAAAAUUUACAUGGGAAUUUUCCUUUUCACACAAAUAUGACAGUUUGGUAAGCAGACAUGACAUAAGCGGCAGCUAGAUUUGGGGCUUCCAGACGACACACCUUCACUUCUCUUCUCCUGUUGGAUUCAGGGUUUGUGUGUUGAUGUGCCUGCUAUGCACAUUGAGUUUGUUGGUUCAAAAAGAAGUGUGAAACUUGUUGCUUCUUUGCUUCCUCAAGGUAGAAGAUCAAGGAGGAUAGCUACCUUGAAUCAACACAAAGAUAGGAAUGCCUUGAUUCUAUCAGGUGAAGAGCUUUGGAGGAGGCAAUUGAUUGACUUCUAGCAACCGAUUAUGUCAUCAAAUAAUUCGUUGAAUGUUGAAUUAUCAAAGAAAUCAGUUUUGGGUUUGAAAAGAUGGGUUUUGAUUGGGAUAGGUGUUGGAGCAUUUAUUGUGGUGAUUCUUUGUAUAUUGUCUAUAUGGGUGAUGUUUCGGAGGAAGUCUAGGAAUAGGAGAUCUCUCGAGAAGCCCCAAAUACCGAAUGUGUCGAAAGAUAUCAAUGUUGACAUUGUUGGGGUGCAGAAUUCUCAUGUUCAACAUGGAAACGUGUUUGUUCCUAAUGAUAAUAAUUUGGAUAAGAUAUCAGUUCGUAUGAGGACGGGCAAAUUCAGUGAUCCUGAUAGUGUUAGUCAGUGCAGCUCAGUUUAUCAUCACGAGAGAGGAUUAAGUUCACUGUCAUGGGAAGAAGGGAGCUCCGGAAAUUUCAAGAAGCGGUCUACAUUAUCGUAUGGAGGAGGGCCAACGACUACCUCUCCUUUGAUUGGUUUGCCGGAAUUUUCUCAUCUCGGGUGGGGUCACUGGUUUACACUUAGAGAUCUUGAACAAGCGACCCACUAUUUCUCGGCUGAGAACAUUCUUGGCGAGGGUGGAUAUGGAGUUGUUUACAAGGGCAGGCUGAUCAAUGGAACCGAUGUUGCUGUGAAGAAACUUCUUAACAACUUAGGACAAGCAGAGAGAGAAUUCCGGGUUGAAGUGGAAGCUAUAGGCCAUGUUAGACAUAAGCAUCUCGUGCGCCUACUUGGCUAUUGCGUUGAAGGAGUUCACAGGCUACUGGUGUAUGAAUACGUGAACAACGGUAACUUAGAACAGUGGUUACAUGGAGACAAAUACCAACUCGGAACACUUACCUGGGAGGCCCGCAUGAAAGUUAUUCUCGGCACAGCCAAAGCGCUUGCUUACUUACAUGAAGCAAUAGAACCGAAAGUUAUUCACCGAGAUAUAAAGUCCAGCAAUAUAUUGAUCGACACUGAGUUCAAUGCGAAAGUUUCCGAUUUCGGUUUGGCCAAACUCUUGGAAACAGGAGAAAGUUACAUAACUACUCGAGUAAUGGGAACAUUUGGCUAUGUAGCACCAGAAUAUGCCAAUAGCGGUUUGUUAAAUGAGAAGAGUGACAUUUACAGCUUCGGCGUCCUCCUGCUGGAAGCCGUUACCGGCAGGGACCCUGUAGAUUAUUCGCGUCCUUCUGAUGAGGUCAAUCUUGUUGAGUGGCUCAAGAUGAUGGUGGGAGCAAGAAGAGCCGAGGAAGUUGUGGACUCUAGACUCGAAGUUAAACCAUCUGCUCGCGCUUUAAAGCGUUCGCUUCUGGUCGCUCUUAGAUGUAUUGAUCCCGAUGCAGAAAAAAGGCCCAAAAUGAGUCAUGUUGUAAGGAUGCUUGAAGCCGACGAAUAUCCAUAUCGAGAGGAUCGAAGAAAUAGAAAGAGCGCUACUACCACCAGCUUGGAAAUUGAAACAGUCAAUGAUAUUUCCGGUCCAUCAAAUGCUGAAAAGGCGGCGGUACAUUCUAAGAGCCAUGCGCCCGAAACAGCUCCCGGAACAGCUCGAGGAUAGGAUUGAGAACCACAUACCAUAAAACCUGUUCCAGAAACUAUUUAUACCAUAUAUCUCUAAGUUUAUGUAUCUUCUAGAAAAUUUUGCUGCAUCUGAAAAGAGAAUCAAACCAGAAAACUCAUCUGGAUAAUGGAUCAUUUUUUUAAUUUGAAGUGGCCAGAUUAGUGAUAGUGUUGUAUAGAUUUCUCUGUUGAGGCUAUCUUCUGCUUACAUAAUUGAUUAUUUUAAGGUUCUAAAAGCAUUUAAUCACA